UGGGUAGGGGGGUACCGACAAUCCUUUCAGCAGUUUUGAUUGUCCGUUGCAGUCGGAGUUUGUCCUUUUUUGUAGCAGCACCAAACCAGACUGUGAUGGAAGAACAGAGGACUGAUUAGAUGACCGCUGUGUAGAACUGUCUCAGCAGCUCUGGUGGCAGGCCGUGCUUUCUCAGAAGCCGCAGGAAGUACAUCCUCUACUGGGCCUUUUUGAGGACGAAGUUGAUGUUGGUUGCCCACUUCAGGUCCUGAGAGAUUGUAAUUCCCAGGAACUUAAAGGUCUCGACGGUUGACACAAGGCAGCUGGACAACGUGAGGGGCAGCUGUGGCGAAGGAUGCCUCCUGAAGUCCACGAUCAUCUCUACAGUCUUGAGCGUGUUCAGCUCCAGGUUGUAUCGGCCGCACCACAGCUCCAGCCGCUCUGCUUCCUGUCGAUAUGCAGACUCGUCACCGUCCUUGAUGAGGCCGAUGACAGUGGUGUCGGGUUCGCUGAGGUGCAGUCGUUCGUGUAGAGAGAGAAGAGCAGCGGAGAGAGGACGCAACCUUGGGGCGCCCCAGUGCUGAUGCUGCGUGUAGAUGAGGUGGCCUCCCCCAGCCUGACCUGCUGUGUCCUGCCCGUCAGAAAGCUGUAAAUCCACUGGCAGAUGGCAUGUGAAACGUUGAGCUGGAGAAGCUUACAGUCGUUCAGUCGAACAGAACAAAGACUUUAAAGGGGAAUGACAGAAAAAACAAUGGAGAAAACAUCUAAAAAACGCAGUGCAGAGCCAUCGCCUGAGGAAAGACGACUCCAUCAGUCAGAUUCACAGACCCAAAGACAAGGUGGAUACCAUAAAGGCCUGCCUGUAUCAGUGGGGAAAUUCGAGCCAUCCUGCCUGAUGAGAAGGCCUCUGUGCUGGAGCACUUAAAUGGAGAGCGGGAAGAGGAGAUGGAGAAAGUCCAGCAUCAUGUGGAGCACAGUUAACAUGCAGUUAAAGAGCUGCAGGGAAAAAUCAGGAGUGCGCUGCCAUUGCGGCUUCAACUACGGUAGAGGUCUAGUGAUCGGCUUUUCUAUGACGCCGCCCAUUCUUGACGGCUCCAGAGACGACCUCGUGAUUCCGGUCCAUCAAACACUCACCAUCACAUGCAGGGGUCAACACAUUUUAACUUGGGCCUGGCCUGACGUGUCUCUGGUGGGACAGAAGCGAAGUGAGCGUCAGGGCCAGCAGGCCCCUCUCGCCAGGCCCCUGGGGGAGAGGGCAGUCCUGGUCAUUGAGUGUCCAGGUCAACGUGGGAGGCCAUAUUGCAAGAAGUUGAUCCUUACCAGAGUGCAGGCGCGGGACACCGGCUACUAUCGUUGCUACUACAUGGAUGUAAAGGCCAUCAUUGACGGCACCACGGCUGUUAGCACUUAUGUCUUUGUCAGGGAUCUCGAACAGCCUUUCCUCAGGAGGGACGAGGCCAUUGACAACCUGGAGACCAUUUUUAUCACACGCUACUCCACAGAUGUCAUAGUGCCGUGUCUGGUCACGGUGCCAGACCUCAAUGUCACUCUAUAUGCGUACCCCAACCCGCUGGACAAAAAGGGGCUGACAUGGGACAACAAGCGAGGCUGGUCCAUUCCCAGACACAUCAUUGACACCGUACCAAUGCUGAUUGGGUUUUCGUGCGUGGCAGUCCUCGGCGGCAAAGAGUACCACUCGGCUAACUACCUGAUCCACACAGGAAGUCGGGUUUACGAUGUCAAGCUGUUUCCUGAGGAGCCUGUGGAGAUGAUAGCGGGGGAGGCCCUCACCCUGAACUGCACAGUGCAGAUGGAGUUCGACGCUGGGGUGACUAUCGAGUGGUCCUAUCCAGGAAAACAGACCAACAACUCGGCAGACACUAAAUACCAUCGAGAGGCACUGUCUCACGCCACAGAAGCAGUCAACAUCCUAACCUUCCAGAGCGCCUCUGCUACAGAUACUGGCCCAUACACCUGCAACGUCACAAGCGUGGACUCCACGCAGACCAAAACAAUGCAGGUCAUAGUUCACGAAAAGCCAUUUAUAAUCCUGGACUACAGAAGUGGACCCAUGGUGGAGGUAACAUCCGGCCAGAAGUCAUUCAAAUUGCAUGUUAAUGUAUCUGCCUUCCCCACGCCUGAAACACGAUGGUACAGAGAUGGAAAGCUGAUUAACGAGAGACUCGAGUUCAAGAUGAAGCGCAUGAGGAUUCACCUUAACCAUGCCUUGGAGAUCAGGGAUGUUGGUCCCGGGGAUGCUGGCCUCUACAUGGUGGUGCUGAAGAACAGUGCAGCUGCCCUGGAGAGGAGACUCAACAUCACACUUGUGGUUAAUGUUGCCCCCCAGAUAAAUGAGAAAGAAGUGGCAGAGCCGUCCAGUCCUUACCCCAGCGGCAGUGGCCAGAAGCUAACGUGCACCGCCUAUGGUCUCCCAGCUCCCACCAUCACCUGGCAGUGGAGGAAGUGGGGCCCGUGUGUCCUCAACAAUACCCGCAGCAGAGUGGUCCGACCAGACAGGAAGGGCCGCAGUGACAUGAUCCCAGACUGUCAGGACUGGCAGGACAUUUGCUUGGAAGGGGCUGUGAAUGAAUUGGAGCCUAUUGAAACAUCUGUUGAAGUCGUGGAUGGACGACAAAAGACAGUGAGCCGGCUGCAGAUUCGCAACGCCAGUGUGUCUCUGCUGUACAAGUGCUCUGCAGAGAAUAAAAUUGGCAAAGAUGAGCGGCUCAUUUACUUCUAUGUAACCACCAUCCCUGAGGGUUUCAGCGUACAUGUGCAUCCAUCAGAGAAUCCCCUGGAGCAAGAGAAGGUGUCUUUGUGCUGCAGUGCCGACAAUUAUACCUACGAGCAGCUGCAAUGGUACCGCCUGGACCCUCGUGCCCUGGAGGGCAAGCCCCAAGACUUGGAUUGCAGAAGUGUGCACCUCUACGCCAUUGGCCUUGAUGGACAGCUCAUCUUCCAGGAACUGUCCAACAGCUGGGUCCUGGAUUUCACCCUACCCGCCAUACAGCUGCAGGAUGAGGGUCACUAUGUGUGUGAAGCUCAGAGCAGACGGAGCGGCGAGAAGCAUUGUCUGUUCAGAUAUAUGUCUGUCAAAGGCCUGGAGGCACCUCGUUACAAGCGCGGUCUCACCAACCAGACGGUGAACGUGACGGAAUCGCUGCACAUGGAGUGCGACGUAGAAGGGAGACCUCUGCCCCACCUCACAUGGUUUAAAGACAACCAGCCACUCCACCAAAUGUCAGGGAUCCAGCUGCAGGACUCAAACCGUACUCUCAGCAUCCAGCGAGUUCGGGAGGAGGAUGCCGGUCUUUACACAUGCACUGCCUGCAACGGGCGAGGAUGUGUGCAAUCAACAGCUGCCAUCCGGGUCAUUGGUUCCAGUGAUAAGGCCAGUGUGGAGAUCGUAAUACUCAUCGGAACUGGAGUGAUUGCAGUGUUCUUCUGGGGCUUGCUCAUCCUCAUAUUCUGCAAUGUGAAACGGAUUAACCCAGCAGACAUUAAAACAGGCUAUCUGUCAAUCAUCAUGGACCCUUUGGAGGUCCCCUUGGAUGAACAGUGUGAAUACCUGCCCUAUGACUCCUCCUCCUGGGAAAUCCCACGGGACAGACUGCGACUGGGAAAGGUUUUAGGCCACGGUGCCUUUGGGAAGGUAAUUGAGGCAUCAAUUUACGGAAUCAGCAAGCGCACACAUCUGGACACUGUGGCUGUCAAGAUGCUGAAAGACGGCGCCACGGCCAGCGAGCACAAGGCUUUAAUGUCUGAGCUGAAGAUCCUCAUUCACAUUGGCAACCAUCUGAAUGUAGUGAACCUGUUAGGAGCCUGCACCAAGCCAAAUGGUCCACUGAUGGUGAUUGUGGAAUACUGCAAGUAUGGGAAUCUGUCCAACUUCCUGCGAGCAAAGAGGGAGUUUUUCCUCCCAUAUAGGGAUCGCUCUCCCAAAACUCAGAGCCAAGUAAGACGGAUGAUUGAAGCUGGUCAAGCAGACCAAAGAGCUCGCCACCAUCCCCCGUCACCAUCCUCCUCCCCGCUCAUCGGCCUUCAGACAGCAUCGUCCAACACGACAAAUCAGAAACCUGCUGUGGAUAAACUGGAGGAUUUGUGGAAAACGCCUUUGACGAUAGAAGAUCUAAUUUGCUACAGUUUCCAAGUGGCCCGUGGGAUGGAGUUCCUGGCAUCCAGAAAGUGUAUCCACAGAGACCUGGCGGCCCGCAAUAUUCUGCUGUCAGAAAACAACGUGGUGAAGAUCUGCGACUUCGGCCUGGCCCGAGACAUAUACAAAGACCCUGACUAUGUCAGGAAAGGAAAUGCCCGACUCCCUUUGAAGUGGAUGGCUCCAGAGAGUAUCUUUGACAAAGUGUACACCAGCCAGAGUGACGUGUGGUCCUUCGGAGUGCUCCUCUGGGAAAUCUUUUCACUUGGUGCAUCUCCAUAUCCUGGAGUGCAGAUUGAUGAGGAGUUUUGCAAACGACUGAAAGAUGGCGUCAGAAUGAGAGCGCCAGAAACUGCCUCCCCUGAAAUAUAUGGCAUCAUGUUGGCGUGCUGGGACGGAGAGCCCAAAGAGAGGCCCCCAUUCCCCACCCUGGUGCAAACCCUGGCAGACCUGCUGCAGGACAACAAUCUGCCUGACGGGAAGGACGACAACCCUCUGAACCACUCCCAGAGCUCAGAGGAUGAUGGCUUCUCUCAAGCUUCAUCGCGUCCUCCAUCUGAAGAGGAACUGAGGCUAGCCUCCAACACGCUUCCGACGAGCAGGUAUUAUAACUGUGUGCCCUUUGCCGGCUGUCUGCUCGUGGGAGCCACAAAGACAUGCCAGCCGAGAGUGAAGACGUUUGAAGAGUUCCCUUUAGAGACUCACGCUCAGAAGAGUACUCAGGAUAACCAGACAGACAGCGGGAUGGUUUUAGCCUCAGAAGAAUUACAGAGACUUGAACACAGGCAAAAGGGUGCCGUGUCAAAAAGGCGCAUGAGCAGCAGCAGCAGCACGGAGCCUCUGACGGCCCCCCACGGUUCUCUGGGCCGGAGCUUUGGCUCCACCAGCUCCACACGUCCACAUUUCCUGAACCAGCUGUCGGGUCAGACCUUCUACAACAACGAGUACGGACACUUGUCUGAGGAGGGCUUCUGCAGCAGUGACUUCUUCUCCUCGACAAAUGCACCCUGCUUUGCCUCCUCCAAUAUGUGAUCUAAACAAAGAUGUAGGAUAAGAGAAAGGGGGAAAAAAUAAAGGGGACGGCCCUGUGUGUUACAUUGCAUUAUGUCAGUGUAAAUUAAUACAUGUUGAACUUUAACCUGGGAUCACUAUGGACUGCAAUACACGUGCCUAACAGCACAACAGCCACUGGGUGGCAGCAUUAUGAUUUCAAAACAAAUCCAAAGUAUUUUCGUACCACAUUUACUGUAUAUUUUUUAGCUUUUGUAUGCAAAGUACUUCAGUUGUACAACUGUUACCUUAUAUGGGAAGAUAUAAAGAUCUCCUCACUUC